ACAAAGUUUAUCAAGCGCACGUCAUCGAGUUGUUUUUAAAUAAACCGAGAAGGGAAAGAUAAGAAUUGGGUAAGACCGUGACUCCUCAAUAGCGAUCGGGGGUGGAUGAAACGAAACGAAACUGAAGGUGCGCAAUCCGAGUGCCACGGAGAUGCGCUACAUUUAUUAUGUGUUGGCAAAAAGAGUUAGUAUGGCGAUGCCGGUGUCUGUGAUCCGCCUGCCCAGAGGACCAGACCCCAACAGCCGUGGAUUUGACCCCAAGUCUCCCCGCUUCGUUGCUCUCUGCCGUACCUCCAUAGUCACAUCGUCUGCGUCAGAAACCGACCCUGAGCAGCUGCAGAAAGAGCAGCAUGCUCGGUCUGUGCUGAGAGAAGGUUUCCUCCGCUGUCUGCUCUCCAUAGCCAACAAGAAGGUUCAGUUUCACAUGCACGAGAAGGUGAAUGUGGAGGCCACGUUUGGAGCGUCGGAUAUUGACGUGCUGAACUUUCAGGUGUCGAACCUGCACACUCCCAUCGGGGUGCAAAAGGAGGCGCUGAUCAGGAGUCAGGAUGUGAUUUCAUUCACUUUUGAAGUGUGAAUGCUGCAGGCUGUUUAAAAAGCCUUGAGUGACAUUUGGGAUAAGAGGCACUUGGGAGUCCCAUUUGUUGUUGUAAGUGGGCUCUCAUUUCACACUGUGAGGUGGUUUAUAAAAGUUUUUCUUUUUUUUUUUUUGCAGGACAGCAUGGUUGAACACUGCUGUUGUCAGUCCUGUCUGUGUAAUUCAUUAUAUAUUGUGUGUGACAGUCCACCAUCCAGCACUGACAAGCAGUCCCACUUUUUCAGCACAAGGGGGCGUCAUAUACCUUUAAGAGAAGUUUCAACCUGAUGUUGGUGUUUGGCAAACUUUUCACUGGAUACUUGGAAAAUCAUUGACAAAGUAUUGAUGAUGUAUCAUAUUUUCCUGAUGACUGUCAGUUGUGUGCGUUCACCAUAUGUUUACCUGAGUGCAUCUUGGCACUUGUGGUUUAUUUCUUUCCUCAAUUGAGGGACUUUAUGAUAAUGAAGUUAAGGUCAGUAAAUCAAACCAAAUUUCCCCAGACAUCCAGCCGUACAUUGUUUUAAUCAAAAUGUCCGCUCUACACUGUCUUCCUUUGUGACAUACAAAAAUACUUAAUUGCUAUUUUGAAGUUGCACCUUUAAUUCUGUAAAGUGAAUGAAAUGAUGCACUUUUAUCAUCCCUUGCGUUAAGUACACUUGUAACUGAAUGUUUGUGUUGGGAAAAUGUUCAAUACUUUGUAACAUAUAGAGGUGUCUUUCGUAAAUUACAACUUCUGAAGAAAACUUUUUUUUGUUUGUUUUUGAUUUUCUCUUACAACACAUUACUAGAAAAUCAUUUAUGUCCACAUCUAUUAGCGUUUUCCCUCUGUGCUCUGCUUGGAGAAUCAGUCGUGGCCCAUAACUCAUUAAAGGGUCAGCCUCA